GCUGCCACUUCGUCGGCCGUGAGCGGCACUCGCUGGCGGCGGCGGCAGCAUCCCGCCCCUCGCUGCAUGGCAGCCCAGUGAGGGAGGAGCGGGCGAGGGUCUGGAGCUGCCCGGAAGCCGAGGGAGCCAGCGCCGGCGGCAGCAGCGCCCGCCGCCCUCCCGCCGGGAUGCGCCCCGCUCUCCGCUGAGGCGCAGCCCCGCCGCGAUGCUCUCCCCCGAGCGCCACCGCCACCACCGCCACCCCCCGCCGCCGCAGCCGCCGCCGCCGCCGCACCACCCGCCGCAGCCCAGCCAUGUCGUGGCCACCAUCGAGAACCUGCCGGCGGAGGGCGGCAGUGGCGGCGGCAGGAGCGGCAUCUCCGCGCCCUCCUCCAGCGUGCGCCAGAGGAUCAGGAAAGUGCUGAACAGGGAUCUCUUGCUGUCUGUGGCACUUGGCCAGGUACUCUCCCUCCUUAUCUGUGGCAUUGGUCUCACAAGCAAGUAUCUGUCAGAAGACUUCCAUGCCAACACACCCGUUUUUCAGAGCUUCCUCAAUUAUAUCCUUCUGUUCUUGGUCUACACGACAACACUAGCCGUCAGACAAGGAGAAGAAAACUUGCUGGCAAUUUUGAAGAGGAGAUGGUGGAAGUACAUGAUCCUGGGGAUAAUAGAUAUAGAAGCCAACUACCUGGUAGUCAAAGCUUAUCAAUACACGACUCUUACCAGUGUACAGCUCCUAGACUGUUUUGUCAUCCCAGUGGUGAUACUCCUCUCCUGGUUCUUCUUACUGGUACGAUACAAGGCAGUUCAUUUCAUUGGGAUUGUGGUCUGCAUUCUGGGCAUGGGCUGCAUGGCAGGAGCAGAUGUCCUCGUUGGGAGACAGCAAGGAGCAGGUGAAAAUAAACUGAUAGGGGACCUCUUAGUACUUGGCGGAGCAACUCUGUACGGCAUCUCCAACGUCUGUGAGGAGUACAUCGUCCGAAAUCUGAGCCGAGUGGAAUUCCUGGGCAUGAUCGGACUCUUUGGCUCUUUCUUCAGUGGAAUUCAGCUUGCAAUCAUGGAACACAAAGAGCUGUUGAAAGUCCCCUGGGAUUGGCAAAUAGGCUUGCUGUACGUUGGCUUUAGUGCCUGUAUGUUUGGCCUCUACAGCUUCAUGCCAGUGGUCAUAAAGAAAACCAGUGCUACUGCCGUCAACCUCUCCCUGCUCACGGCUGACCUGUACAGCCUCUUCUGUGGAUUAUUCCUCUUCCACUACAAGUUUUCAGGACUUUACUUGUUGUCAUUCUUCACGAUCCUUGUUGGGCUGAUGCUCUACUCCUCCACAUCCACCUACGUAGCCCAGGAUCCUCGGGUGUACAAGCAGUUCCGAAAUCCCUCCGGACCUGUUGUAGACCUGCCAGCCAGCAGCCAGAUGGAGCCUUCGGUGACAUACACCAGCCUGGGGCAGGAGACAGAAGAGGAGCCUCACGUUAGAGUUGCUUAAACCCAGGGCUGUUGAUCACCUAUUGACAGUGGAGCUCGUAUAUCCAUUAUCUCUGUAUUGUACAUAGAGAAAGGUAUUUACCAGGUGCAGUUACACUGGUGAGCUGCAAGGUAGCAAAUAAGGAAAGCUCAUACAAACACAAAUUAAUUGUUCCAGGGUGUUCCUUGCAAGGAGAUGCCAGUCCCUCGUUUACGACAUGAGCAGCAUGUUUGCAAUACAAGCUGCUGUGUAGGAAUCAGUUAAUGUCAAACUACCUGUGAAAGAUAUUCAAUACGUAAGAUGAAAUUACAAAAAAAAAGGAAAUUAAUAGAAGGGCGUUUUACACACACAGAGUGAUCAUAUGCCUAAGCCACAUCAGUUGUGGAAAAAGUACCUUUUUACAGCAAAUACACUUUGUGCAGUCACUGUUAAUUUCUCUCUAAAAUUUGUUUGUUUGCACAAAACAGAUGGGUUAGUCGUGGUAACAACCCCCUGAUACAUUUUUGCUAGCACCUUGGAUUUGGUGAGGGAAAUACAAUGAGUUCUGUGCUAUCUGUCUAGUUGCCCUUUCUAGGUAAUCUGAUCCAUGAAUCCAGAGAAGGGACAACUUCCAAUAUCCGUCUCUAUUCUAGGAAUAGGUAUAAGGCGAGCAUUUUAGCCUUUCUAUAUUUGCAGAAGUGAAGUACUCAAGCAUUGACCUCUCUAUGAUCCAUGGCAGAUUUUCUAGUGGCCAAGGUUCUGCAUCAGAUGACAGGGAGUCAAUUUCUCUGUAGUCAUGACUCAACACAGAUUUCUUACUUUUAAAAUUUUAACCUGUAGAAAGAAAAAUACAUUUUCUAGUUUCCUAUGUAUUGUACCUCUCCAUGGAAAGAUGACAUAUCAUGUGGAUCAGGGCACUUAUUUUAGAUACUCAGUGCAUC